AUGAGAGGGUGUUUUCCGGCGCCGGCGGUUAUCUCCGGUGCAGCGAGCUCUACAAUGACUCAAAUUGUUUUAGGGGGCAGAAGAAAGAAAGAUCCUUUUGAAUUAUCAGUCUGCUCCUCAACCUCAACUUGCUUUGCCUUGUUAAUCCAUAAGGAACAUAACCAGCAAAGCCAAAUUCAAAGACAAAGACAAAGACGAAGAGAAUGCGUUUGGUUUUCAGAAAGAAGCAAAUGGAAAGGUGGACGUAGUGUGGGAGUUGCUUUACAAGUACAACAGCAACAAUGCACCUACGAAAGCAGAGAGGACAAGGAGUGGGUGGUCGUCAAUUUUUACCAUUUUGUGUUCAUCAAAGACGCAGAGGCAGAGGUGGCCAAGCAUCUCUCUUUCUUAGAGGGUCGUGACAUACGUGGGCGGAUUUAUGUGAAUCAACAAGGGAUAAAUGCACAGUACAGUGGACCGUCAAGAGAUGCGCUUGCAUAUGUUGAAUGGUUAAGAGGGGAUGAGAGAUUUUCCGACAUUCUUGUGCAGAUUUCUGCAGCACUGAAUGGGCAUGCCUUUCCAAAACUCAAGUUACGCUAUAAGCCUUCACUGGUUCAGUUAGAAGGAGGUAUUUCGCAUCUUCCUUUGCUGGACCCUUCAAUGCGAGCAACACCUCUUACGCCAUCCGAAUGGCGGAAAAGAUUGGAAGCAGUCAAUACAACUAGUGAAGCAUCAAAUAAGGAUCUUAAAACGAACCAAAUUUUAUUGGAUGUGAGAAACGGUUAUGAGUGGGAUAUUGGUCAUUUUAAUGGGGCUCGACGACCUGAUGUGGACUGCUUUAGGAGCACUUCUUUUGGGUUAUCCCAACCAGAGGUCAUUGCUGCAGAUCCGUUAGAUAAUGUUGAUAAAGAAAAAACAGAUAUAUUGAUGUAUUGCACUGGAGGUAUCCGUUGUGAUGUAUAUUCUACAAUUUUAAGACAACAGGGAUUUCAAAACUUAUACACCUUAAAGGGCGGUGUUUCUCAUUAUCUGGAGAAUGAAGGUCCUGCCCAAUGGGUUGGGAAUUUGUUUGUAUUUGACUCUCGUCUCUCCCUCCCACCGCCUGCCUACAAGCCUGAAGCCAUAACUAAACCAAACAGGCAUGAAGUUUCCAAGAACAAUACAUUUGCUCAAUGCUAUAUAUGCGGUUUACAAGUCUCCGAGUUAAGACAUAGAAACUGUGCAAAUCUUGACUGCAACCUGCUCUAUCUAUGCUGUAUGAACUGUGUGAAGGAUUUAAGAGGAUGCUGCUGUUUGGAGUGCACAGGUGCUCCUCGACUUAGACCUGUUCUUCCUGGGUUCCAGAGAUAUAAAAAGUGGCACAUAUAUCGAGAGACAAUCUCACAAAGCAAGUUGACAGCUUGA